AUGGUCAACGCAUACGAAAUCAAUCGAAUAGACGUCAGGAAGUCACUGAGCACCCAGGCCGUCAUAAAAACAUGCAGCAAAUUCAACCAACAAAUCCCCAUUGAUUCAUUCUGGUUAAUGCUCAGCGGAUCACAAAAAUCUAGACCACAUUACUCUUACGCUUACUGUUGGUUGUUCAACACGUCUGAAGAAUGCUACCAAUGUACAAUUGAAUUGUCUUCUGUAUAUGACUCGAUGACGUUCUCCAGUUAUUGUAACGUUAAUACUUCGCCUCAAAAUAGAAAUUUCAGUGGUAUUGAUGAAAGCUUGAAUUGUCUAAUAGUGACUAGAGAAUCACUAGGGGCGUUGCUGAGGGAGGGGGCAAUGUUAAAUUUAAGGGUAGUUGUACAUUAGAUUGUAGGUUUGUCAAAUACUUUAACGUGUGCAAAAUUGAUGUCUAAAAUGGAAUAUAAUAUACAGUUUUUACAUGAAUGAAUCUCAAUUAUGUGCUAAGAUAUAAUUUCAAUGAAUAUAAACGAAUUGAACAUGAA